UUGAGGCGCCUCAGUGAAUCCUCCACGAGGAUUGUUUUUGUAUUACAGCGCUUGUGUAUCUCAGGCAGGGCUAUUGGUAUUAUUAAUGGGUUUAUGCUUUGUAACAUUCACCAUAAUUGUCUAGUGCGUUCUGAUCAUUAUUAAGCUAAAUCAAAAUGGCAACUUUUGCGUCUCUUGGCCUGUCCGAGUGGCUGGUUGAUCAGUGUAAACAGAUGGGAAUCACCCGACCGACCCAGGUGCAAGAACAUUGCAUGCCUGCUAUUUUGGAAGGCCGUGACUGUAUGGGCUGUGCGAAAACUGGAAGCGGAAAAACAGCAGCGUUUGUGCUGCCGGUGCUGCAGAAGUUGUCCGAGGAUCCUUACGGCAUCUUCUGCUUGGUGUUAACGCCUACAAGGGAACUGGCUUAUCAGAUAGCAGAACAGUUCCGGGCGUUGGGAAAGCCUCUGGGACUGAGAGACUGUAUCAUUGUUGGAGGAAUGGACAUGGUGACUCAGGGUCUGGAGCUUUCCAGAAAGCCACACGUCGUCGUCGCCACCCCUGGGAGAUUAGCAGAUCACAUUCGCAGUUCGGGCACGUUUGAUAUGAAGAGACUUCGAUUCUUAAUCAUGGAUGAAGCAGAUCGUUUGCUGGAGCAAGGCUGCACAGACUUCACUAAGGAUCUGGAGGUUAUUCUCAGCAUUGUACCGGCGAAACGGCAAACGCUGCUUUUCAGUGCAACGCUGACGGAUACGCUGCAGGAGCUUAAGAGCAUUGCUAUGAACAAGCCAUUCUUUUGGGAGCACAAAUCCGAAGUGCGAACAGUAGAAGAGCUAGAUCAGCGAUACAUCCUUACACCUGAGAAAGUCAAAGAUGCCUACCUGGUGAACAUUAUCCAAAAAUUUCAAGACGAACACGACGACUGGUCGAUCAUGAUUUUUACCAACACUUGCAAGAAUUGUCAAAUACUCACAAUGAUGCUGCGUGAGUUCAAAUUUCCUGCCAUUGCCUUGCAUUCCAUGAUGAAACAGAGACAACGGUUUGCAAACCUUGCGAAGUUCAAGUCCAAUAUCUUCAAGAUCCUUAUAGCAACGGAUGUAGCAGCCAGGGGUUUGGAUAUACCUACAGUGCAGGUUGUCAUCAACCAUAAUACCCCAGGAUUGCCAAAAAUCUACAUUCACAGAGUGGGCAGAACUGCACGUGCAGGAAGAAAUGGUGUUUCCAUUACACUGGUCACACAGUAUGACAUUCAUUUAGUCAACGCUAUUGAGGAGCAGAUUCAGGCCAAGCUGAAAGAAUAUCCAGUUCAAGAGAAAGAAGUGCUAAAGAUUCUUACCCAAGUCAACGUGACUAGACGACAGUGCGAGAUUAAGUUGGAAGCAACAGAUUUUGAUGAGAAAAAGGAAAUCAACAAAAAGAAGCAAAUGAUUCUUGAAGGAAAGGACCCUGACUUGGAAGAGAAAAGAAAGAAUGAGCUUGCCAAACUAAAAAGAGAAAAAAAGAAAUUUAAAGGAAGAAUUCAGGAAGCCAUACAGAAGAAGAAAGGAAAGAUGCUGAAAAAAAGAGCAAAGUCUGAUAAAACUCAAAGCCACAGUGUUCCAGGACCCUCCUGAGUUUUUGCAUUGUAAAUUGACUGUACUACUAGUUUCAUGUAUGUAUAUAAUAAAGGUAAUACAUUUUAUUUUAUGAACUGGAAUAAAAUCGGAUUAUUUCAAAUAAACA